AUGGCGGCGCCCAGGGUGCUGCUGGCGGCGGCCCGGCGGGCGGCGGCGGCGGCGGGGGGGCGUGGCCGGCGCGCGGCGGGGGGCGUGGCCGGGCGGAGCCGGCUGUACGAGCACGCGCGCGAGGGGCUGAGCGCGCGGCCGCGGCUGGACGUGGAGGCGCUGAGCGGCCGCGAGCUGGAGAGGAGGCGGGGCCCGCUGCGGGAGGGCGACCUGCGGGACAUCCUGCAGACCUGGGCCCGCCUGGGCGAGGUGCGCGCCGCCAUCGCCCGCCUCGAGGCCCAGAAGGACGACGUGGCCCGGGGCGUGCGGGCGCUGGUGGCCUCCCACGCCAAGGACGCGCUGCAGGCGGUCCCCGAGUACGCGGCACUGCGGGCGCAGGGGCGCCAGGUACGGCUGCAGCUGCAGACGCUCCUGGCUGAGGAGGCGGCGCUGGACGAGCGCUUCUACCUCAAGGCGCUGCAGCUCCCCAACCGCACCCACCCCGAGGCGCCCGUCGGGGACGAGAGCCAGGCCCGGGUGAUGGAGGUGGUGGGAGAGAAGCCAGUCUUUGACUUCCAGCCGAGGGGACACCUGGAGCUGGGCGAGGCGCUGGACAUCAUCCGCCAGCGGCGCCUGUCGCACGUCUCGGGGCACCGCUCCUACUACCUGUGCGGGGCGGGCGCGCUGCUGCAGCACGCGCUGGUGAGCUUCGUCCUGGCCAAGCUGCUGCCCAAGGGCUUCCUGCCCAUGACGGUCCCUGACCUGCUGCGAGGCGCUGUCUUUGAGGGGUGCGGGAUGCAGCUCAACGCCACCCCCUCGCCCGUCUACACCAUUGACCCCAUGCGCUUUGAGGACCUCUGCCUGGCCGGCACCUCUGAGGUGGGGAUCGCAGGGUACUUCAUGGACCACGCAGUGCGGCUGCAGGACAUGCCCAUCCGGGUCGUCUGCUCCAGCACGUGCUACCGCGCUGAGACUGACACGGGCCGGGAGCCCUGGGGGCUCUACCGCGUGCAUCAGUUCACCAAGGUGGAGAUGUUCGGGGUGACAGCGGCCGAGAGCGGGACGGAGAGCGAGGAGCUGCUGGAUGAAUUUGUGGCGCUGCAGAAGGAAAUCUUCUCCGAGCUGGGGCUGCACUACCGCAUCCUCGACAUGCCCACGCAGGAGCUGGGGCUCCCCGCCUACCGCAAGUUUGACAUCGAAGCCUGGAUGCCCGGCCGGGGCAAGUACGGGGAGAUCUCCAGCGCCUCCAACUGCACCGACUACCAAAGCCGGCGGCUCAACAUCAUGUACAGCGACGAGGCUGGACGGCUGCGCCACGCGCACACGGUGAACGGCACAGCCUGCGCCGUGUCGCGGAUGCUCAUCGCCCUCCUGGAGUGCAACCAGCAGCCGGACGGCAGCGUUCGCGUACCCCCCGCCCUGCAGCCCUUUGUCGGCCGCGCCGUGCUCACGCAGCCCCCAGCCCCGCUGCUGCGCUACAUUGGCCCCAACCAGCCCGGGGGGGGGCCAGGGGGGGCCGAGGGGGAGGCCCACGCCAGGGGGGACGCGGAGGAGCCUCGUGGGGACACGCAGAUGCCCCUCCCCUCCCCAGAAUGCUAA